AUGCUGAGGGGGCGGGGUGGGCUGCGAGGACGAGGGCGAGGCGGUGCUGCUGCAGGUGGUGCUCCUCGUGCUGCUUCGCCGAGCGGGAAUCGGUUCGCGGGCGCCGCGAGGGGACGGGGCGGCUCUGCGCAGGGCGGCGGCCGAGGGGGCGGCGGCGGCGGACGGGGCAGAACGGCGACGACGAAGAAGCCAGAUGGCGAGGCCGGCGACAGCAAGGCCGGCGCCGCGGGGCCGAGGGGCAAGCGGCAGGAUCCGUUUGAGAGGAUGGAUCCGCAGGAGCAGCAGUUUGACGACGCGGCGCGGUUCGGCACGAGGACCGAGUACAAGCCGUCGCUGAGCAAGGAGGACCUGGCGGCGUUUGUGCCGGCGGCGCCGUCGUCGACGCCGGAGGCCCGGCUGGCGGCCGUCAUGGAGGACCUGGCCGUGCUCGGCGCGCGGGGGGACCCCGUCGGCGUGCCGCAGAACCUGCAGGCCAAGAGCUACGCGGCCGAGGUGGAGGGCAACGGCGGGGUGCGCUUCUUUGCCGACGGCAAGGCGCGCGAGGCGGCGGAGCGGUACCUGCAGGAGCAGAGGCGGGAGAGGCUGCUCGCCGAGGGCAAGGCCGAGGAGGAGAUGCCGCGCGAGCCCAUCAUCCGGGACGCGGAGGAGGCCGUGCGCAAGGUCGUCGUGGAUCACGCGGUGCAGGGCAAGCACGAGGCGCCCAAGUUUGCGACGGACCCGGUGGGCAUCGCGAGGGCGUGGCAUUUGCGGGCCGGGACGUACACGCAGCGGGAUGUGGAGAGGUUUGAGAAGAAGCUGGUGUCGUUGUUGGCGGUUGGUGGGAAGGGGGCUGUGAAGAGCCAGGCGAAGGCGUCGUAA